GUUGACUGUACGCGGCACCAAUGUAGGAAGUCGUUUCAUUCAUUCCAGGUGAGUCGGUUGAUUGAAGAUCUUGUGGAUCCCAGCCAUGAAUGAAGAGUUGACGCCUUUAGACUGCCUGCUGCCAUCAGGCACACAAAGGAUCUGUCUGAUCAUUCUGAACCAGCCUUUGGAUAAGGACUACCUGCACAUUCUCUGGAGUAAAGCUCUCUUGAGGGCAUGUGCUGAUGGAGCUGCCAAUCACCUGUACAACAUCACUGCUGGAGAUAGAGACAGUUUUCUCCCCGACUAUAUCAGUGGGGAUUUUGAUUCCAUUACUGCCGAGGUCAAAGCGUUCUAUGCAGACAAGGAGUGCCAGCUGAUAGAAACAAGUGACCAGGAUCUAACAGACUUCACCAAGUGUCUGGCUAUCAUGGUGGAGGAGAUUCAAAAAAGACAGCUACAGGUGGAUGCCAUAGUGACACUGGGCGGUCUCGGGGGAAGAUUUGACCAGAUCAUGGCAUCUAUUGAAACCCUACACCACGCUCUGUCCAUGACACAACUCCCCCUGUUGAUCAUCCAGGGAACUAGCCUGGCAUAUCUCCUCAGACCUGGCAGCCACACACUGCAGGUGAACACAGGCCUUGAGGGGGACUGGUGCAGCCUCAUUCCAGUGGGUGGACCCUGCCAAACAAUCACCACUGGACUCAAAUGGAACCUGAGUAACCAGGUCUUGCAGUUUGGGAAGCUGGUGAGCACUUCCAACACCUACGAGCCAGUAACUCCUGGAAAACCCAGAAAGCCUGUAACUGUGACCACAGACCAGCCUCUGCUUUGGAGCAUGGGCAUCCUGAAGGAUGGUGAAUGAGAUAGAAGAGAUCAUCCUUCCCAGUCAAUAUUUGACUUAUAACACGUUAUGCUGUGAAACUCCCUUCAAAAAUUAUCACAAUCAUAACUUAGUAAGCACUAGUGCAUAUUUCAAAACUAACCAAAGAACCUUUUCCAUCUGAUUACAUGGUUCAACCUAGUCAAGGACGUCUAUCUUUACUGUAUUAGUAAAAAGUAACAGUAAACUUUAUACCCAGCAGGUUCUUCAUUUUCAGUGUUAAACCCUGCUAAUUAAUAUGCACCUCAUACAGACCAGAGGAAACCAGGCCUUACUUCAUUCUAACGUGUUUGUAUUUCAUGAAAAUGACACUUAAUAUAAGGAAACAAUUUGAGUAAGGAGUUAUCACUAUACCUUCACACAAAUCAUCUUGUGAGCUAUCAUGUUUUCCUUUCAAUAUGCUGAGGUGCCUGCAUAUCAUAACCUAUGUGCCUAUUACAGUGUUCCCUCUCAAUCUAUUCUAUUCAUUUGAAUGGAAAACAGACUACAGCCAGUUUAAAACUAUUUGUGCCUUUAAAUGAAGGUUAAAUAUCAUACCUUUACAAGCCAACCAUUGCAAACAUUUUAUGGAACCAAGGGUCAUUGAAUAGAUAGGACAAAUCAUUCUGUGGGUUUCCAUCGUUUUAUUUACACAGCGAAAUAUCAAUGUUGUGCACAGAAUGUAAAAAAUGCCAUCCCUCAAAUCCCCUUUCACACCAGCCCAAUAACACUUUGCACCAGU